GAGGCGGGGUCAGGGCGCCGGGGCGGGGUGUCGGCGCGCGGGUGAAGGUGGUGGGCCGGGAGCCGAGUGGGGCGGCUGCGAGGCCGUGGCGGAGGAGGAACUUGUUGCGCUCGCGGCUGCGCGGUGCCGCUCCUUCGGUUCCAGUUCGCCCGGGCGGGCGCGGCGGCGACGGCGGCGGCAGCAGCGCUGGGCCAGCGCGAUGAGGCGCUACCUGCGCGUCGUGGUGCUGUGCCUGGCCUGCGGCUUCUGCUCGCUUCUUUACGCCUUCAGCCAGCUCGCCGUGUCCCUGGAGGAAGGAGCGGGCGGCGUUGGCGGGAAGCCGCAGGCCGCAGCGGCUUCCUGGCUGGGGGGCGACGGACGCGGCGCCGGGAGAGGGGUGGGCAGCGCGGGCCCUGCGGCGCAUCACGGCCGGUCGGACAGGUGUAAAGAGUUCUCUCUGUGUUACUGGAAUCCCUAUUGGAUGCUGCCCUCUGAUGUUUGUGGAAUGAACUGCUUUUGGGAAGCGGCCUUUAGGUAUGGUGUGGAAAUGCAGCCCACUGAGAGAGUGCACCUAGCCGUAGUUGCCUGCGGGGAAAGACUGGAAGAAACCGUAACCAUGUUGAAGUCAGCGCUCAUCUUCAGCAUCAAACCUCUUCAGUUCCAUAUUUUUGCUGAAGAUCAACUGCAUGACAGUUUUAAAGGCAUACUUGACAGCUGGUCAUUUCUGCAAACAUUUACUUAUUCAUUAUACCCGAUAACUUUUCCAAGUGAGAAUGCAGCAGAGUGGAAAAAACUGUUUAAACCGUGUGCUUCCCAGAGAUUGUUCUUGCCAUUAAUCCUGAAAGAAGUUGACUCACUAUUGUAUGUCGACACUGAUAUCCUUUUUUUACGGCCCGUUGACGAUAUUUGGUCUUUGCUAAAGAAGUUUAAUUCCACACAAAUUGCCGCAAUGGCACCAGAACAUGAAGAGCCUCGAAUAGGCUGGUAUAAUCGCUUUGCCAGACAUCCAUACUAUGGAAAAACUGGAGUGAACUCGGGAGUUAUGCUGAUGAACAUGACCAGGAUGAGAAGGAAGUAUUUCAAGAAUGAUAUGACCACCGUACGACUACGAUGGGGAGAUAUACUGAUGCCAUUGCUUAAAAAAUACAAACUGAACAUUACAUGGGGUGAUCAAGAUCUGUUGAAUAUCAUAUUUUUUCAUAAUCCAGAAAGCCUUUUUGUUUUUCCUUGCCAAUGGAAUUAUCGACCAGAUCAUUGCAUAUAUGGAAGCAAUUGCCAAGAAGCUGAAGAAGAAGGAAUCUUUAUUCUCCAUGGGAACAGAGGUGUUUACCAUGAUGAUAAACAACCAGCAUUUAGAGCUAUUUAUGAAGCACUGAGAAAUUGUUCUUUUGAAGAUGACAACAUCCAUUCCUUAUUAAAACCAUUAGAACUGGAACUACAAAAGACAGUGCAUACAUACUGUGGAAAAAUUUACAAAAUAUUUAUCAAACAGCUGACAAAAAGCAUACAAGACCGUUAUGACAGACCGCCGAAAGAAAGGUGAUUCUUGGUGACUGCUAAAUCAAAUGAAUUAAAACAACAAAAUAUCAGAGACUAUUGUGAAGGAAUAGUCUUAGAUGAAGUUUUCAGGAAGGAAUUAUUCAUCUUCAGUAGAAUUUUUUUCCUGAAGAAGUCAAAUGAGCUGUAUUUUCAUGUAAUGAAGAACAAGUUGAAGUCUUGGACCUCAACAAGAAGAUAUUUUUGAUCUCUGAUGUUUUAUAAUGUUAUCUGGUAUCAUUCCAGUAUUGACAAAAAUGUUAUUGAAUGGUUAUAGCCUACAGACUUGGGUUGACUCUUAACUCUUCAGUAGGUAAGGGCAGUAAGGAUGUAUGAAUGGAGAAAAUGUACCUCAUACACAGUGGAAACACUCAAACUGUGAGUAUAGCAAUAAUCUUACGUCAGCACUAACCUCACUUUAAAUGUGUGAGAAAAAGAAGUUGUUUACAGAAACAGGAAAGGUUCUGUUUCUAAAGAAAUGUGAUGGAACUGAUGUCACUAUUGACAAUCUGUGUGUGCCUUUAUACAUUUCAUCUCUGUUUAAAAUAUUUUUGUGACAAUCAUGUUUAAAAGUGUUUUUAGUUUAUACGUAAGCUGCACAUUUAAGAUUGAGCUCCAUAAGAAAAACAGUGAAAGUUUGGAUUUUAGUUUUUGUGUGUAUUUGUGAAAUGUAGUGUUUUCAUUUGUAUGUGCUUAACUGUCUUGCCAAAAGUCAGGUCUAAGAUUAUUAAGCAAGUAUUUUAGGAAAAUUUUUUAUCACUUUAAAUGAAAAAUUUCAGCUUUACUGGGCAUUCUGGAAGCAAUAAAUAUGCAGAUAAUAAAGUGAGAACCUAAGAAGUAUACUUCUGUCAUGGUGGAAAAUGUGAUGGACCAAAAUAUGGAAGCUACGUCUUCUGUGAGCAGUGAUUACAGUUAACAGUGGAGCAGGAAAAAGUGGUCCAUUGAAACCUUUUCCCUUCUACCUCAAAAUGGCUUUGCAAAAUAUCUUUGAAGAAGCAAAUAUACAUAUACAACCUUAAUUUAAGUACAUUAGAAAACUAUCAUGGAUGAUUUGGCUUAAGAUUGUCACAUCUGACUGUAGAAAACAUAGUUUUGAUUUGGUUAAUGUGCAUGUCCUCCUUUUUUGAAUAUCACUUAAGACAGCUAUUUUUUUUUUAUCCUGACAGUAAGAAAAAUAUUACUUUUCUUAGUGUUUUUGACCUUUAACUGAUAUAACUAUAGAUUCUGAGUACUUAGCAUGUGCUGUGCUGGGGCACAUGUCUCUUUACCAAGUACUAUGAGGUUAACUUCUUUUUCUCCUUUUGGUAUUUUAAUACUUAAAUAGAGAAGAGAAAAUCAUGAAGGAAAACUGCCAUGGUAGUUUAUGAAGUACCUGAAAUAGUGGUGACUGGCUUUAUGAAGACCCAGAGCCCUCUGUGGGGGUUGGGAGAACAGCUGGCCUCUGCCUUGAGCAGUUGAGUCAAGGACAGGUUGAGAAAGGAAGGUGUGAGAAAGAUGAAUCAGAAUUUGACAAGAGCCCGGCUCUCGUGGGGCAGAAGCAUUUAGGGAAUGCUACGGUGAACAUGAGGACUCGUGAACGUGUUGAGAUUGAAUUGGCUAAAUAAAAAAUGGGAUCCCUAGAAUUUCAAAGUUUGGAGCAGAUAGGAUCAUUUUUAAUGGCCCCAGAGGAAGACCCUUGGCUGCCUGGCCACAUUAGGCUUUUGUGGAGACCUUGAUGAGAAUGGCCUGGGCUUCACCUUAGAUGACCCUGGUAUGCCAUAUCCAGAUGGGUCUGCACAUUGCACAGAAGUGGAGAGAAUAGUACAGUGGUACUCCUCGUCCAGAUUGAACACGUCCGUGUUUUACCACUUCUGUGUUAUCUGUCCCUUUUUCCUUUGCUGAUGUAUCUUAAAGAAAAUGCCAGUCAUCAUGUUAUUUCACCUGUAUAAACACUUUGGUAGCUGCAAUGACAUUGCCCCCCCUUUGGCUUCAGUUAAUAUCGAAGGCACAUUUCCCUUAUGAUAAGAGUGCAAAAAUAAGUCACCUUAUGAUUCUAUUUUUAAUAAGCACCUCAGAUGAUUUUGGUGUCGUUUAGUUUGGGAACCACUGGAAAUCAUUCUGCCAACUUGAAGGCUGAAGUUAGGACCACAAUUCUCAGCACAGUUGGUGGAUUAUAAAUGUGACUCUGGAAUGUUAGUGGAAGUACUUGGGGUUAUUUCCAAGAUAUGAAUUUAUAUUAUUAGGAAGCUCCUUAGGUUUAAUUUUCUCAGUGAACAGACUCUUAGCCCCGUGGGCUCUAGUAUGAUUGAGACUGGGUAGAGUGUAUCAUAGUUUAACUGGACUGUGUGCUGUGGUCUCACACAUGUUGUGCCUUAUUUAUACCAUCACACACUCUUCGUUGUGGGGUCAGUUGGAAGGUUCUUCACUUGGUUUAUUCAGACCUGACCUAAUAUUAGCAUUUUACCAUAAAUUGGGUUAUGGUGAAAACUCUCCACUGAGGGACUAUUUUUACCUAAAAUUUAGGAUAUCACAGGAAGUCCUUAACAAUGUUAAAAUGAAUUUUCUGAGUUUAUCUUUAGAUAAACUUUUCCCUUGAGAAGUUUCAAGAAAUACAGUUUCUCAGCAUUAAUGAGGUUAAAUUCUAGAGCAGCUUACAGAAUGUUUUAUAUUUCUUUCCUUAAGACAGUAUAUCUAUGCAGUGUAUUUGAAUUAUAUUAUAUAUUCUUCGAGUCUAUGUCUUAGAAAAAUUCUGACCUCAGAAUUAUCUCUGGGCUACAGUGUUACCAAAGUGGAAUGACUUUAUAAUGUAGUCAACCUUCAUUUAUAUGAAGUUGCCAUCUUAGAGGAAAAAAACCUUGAGAAAAUAUAUAUUGUGAUUUAUAUUUUAAGAAAAUGCAUACUUUGUUUUUCCCCCCUGUGAAGAGUAGUUCAUAAUGUAUAUACAGUAACCCGGUUAUCUCUGGAUACUUGCGAGCCUGAAACAGUAUUACUGCUUCACUGCUCUCUCAUUUUGCCCCAAGUCGAAUGUUAUUGGUAUAAAGGAAAGAAAACCAAACUGAACUGGAUCUGCAUUCUCUUCUUGAUCAGGGGGCCAGGGCAUGUCAGUCACCUUCUCAGUCCCGUAAGCUUGCGAACAAUCAUUGUGCCUUGCCCACCUCAUGAGACUCAGCAGUCUUGGAGCCGUGAGCCCCGGGAGAGAACGGGUUAGCUGCAUGGCUUGUCUCACGCCACUCCGGCCUUGCUGUUGAAGUUCUGUGCCCCGCUGUUGUCUCCUGCACAGAUCAUUCUGUUUUAGACCGAAUGUUUGCUGACGUGCAUUAUAUCUCCAGUGUGAAUUUGCUUAGCUUGUGUAAGGAAGAAUUUUUAAGGAAGAGAAAGUGAAGAAAAGAAUGAUGUAAAUGAAUGAUGAGAGGAAGAAGGAAGAGAGAGGAAGUGAGAAAAGUGAGGAAAGAGAAGGGAAUAAGAGAAUGGCCAAAGGCAGAGGAAGAGAAGAGUGGCUCAGAGCGGGGAAUGGAGAAGGCGAGAGGGAGGGAAGUGGUGUGGGGACAGUCACUUUUGAAGCUGCAACCCCCUAGCCUGUCCUGCGGUCAGCUUGCCUUCCUCUGUUCAUGGCCCUGCGGGGUCAGGCUUUCAUGGAAGGGGCAGCCAGGCUACCUCUGUUGAAUUUGUUUGUUUGAUUUGUUGAUAGUAAAGUCUUUCCCCAGUUACUCUGCUCACUGAUUAUUUAGUGCUAUGAUUCUACAUUGUAGUUUUUUUUUCUUUCUAUAUAUUGGAUCCCAGUUUGUGACCCAAGACCUGUGGAAACACGAUGACAAAUAUCUUCCUUUUUAACAUCCUUUUAGUCCUCCCAGAUACUGGAUUAUGCAGGACUGACCACAUAGAUCAUAUGGGAGGUUAGGGUGGAAGGGGAUAACCUUAUUAGAUGUGAAGAGGGCCCAGGAAUCUUAUCUGGUUUUCCCAGAUGAUAUUGAUAGGAGGCCAGGUUUGGGAACCACUGCCCUACCUUGAGUGGCAGUUUAAACCACACAUCACAUCCAUUGAUUCCUCAGUAGGCAUACUUCCAGGUGGAGUGUUAGGAAGGGAUUCAAGAUACCAGGAGACAACAGGAGUACAUUAAAUGGAAAAACCUUGAAAGAGGGUAGUCAGAGUCUUCUUUUUCAGAAGUUUAUAUUGUAAGGAAUAAACAUCUUAGUGUUAAUCAGUAGUGAUUUAGUAAGCCCGCUAAUUUUUCAUUUUUAACUUUUUGAUUUCUUAGAGUAAACAGAGAAGAGAAGUAGGGGCACAGUGUAUCAGGAAAGGUAGGUGCACAAUGUGUCCGUGUAGGACCAGUUAUCAGUUUAUUAAAUGUAACUUCAAGUGUCUUAAAACAAUUGCCUUAUUGUGUUCUAAUAUUUAAUAAAAGUAGAUUAAAUAAUGAUUAGUACUGUAACAGUUAUCCUUUUAUACUUUGCCAAAGCAACCCUUUUUUGCCUAUUAAAGCCUGGCUUAACUGUCCUAAUGUUUGUUGUUUCUUGAUUCAUUGAACAUGAAACUAGAUUUUAAAAGCUAAGUUAUAUGAACUUAAGGCAGGGGUAAAUUGUGGUGCAAGAAUUUUUGUUAACUAAAAAUGAAUAUGAUGUUAAUUUAGAUACCUAGCAAUUAUAGAAUUAUGAGAAGAGCAUGGAAUAGGAUAUUGGACUAAGCAAUUUAGAAAUGAUUACAAAUAAAUGUCAAACUUACUUCUAAAUGAAAAAUACCUAUUGUCACCUCAUUUCUACCAAUAAUUCAAAAUGUCUAAUGGGAUUAUUUUUUAAGAAUUUUCUGUAACUCCAGUUUUCAAACAAAAGAGAGCCUUUGAAAAGAUGUGGAGAGAAAAAGGAAAAUCUCUCUCACUUCUAAUGCUGUGAAUGCUAUUUGGAAGGUCUGGUCAGACUUUUUAAUACAAACUUAACUGAUGUGAAGCCUCUGAUUAUGUGUAGUUUACAUAUACUGUCUGAAUUCGUAAGCAUAUUCAAAUAUACAACAUCAUAGUUAGUCCUUGUAAAAACUAAAGAGAAGCAACAGUGUACCUUCCAUUUAAAAUAUAAGUUGACUUAAACUAUGAUGGACAAUAGCUGUUUUCAACCUGUGUGUAAAAUUUCUUCAGGGAGUAUUGGGGUGUUAUGCAAAAAUAAUUCAGGUCUUGUAGCUUUGCUGUAGACUGUGUCAUCCAUUCCAAACUCAACACACAUGCAUCAUAGUCAUUGUCAGUAUUUGAGAGCUGGGCCAGUGGCUUUUGAUGGAUGUUGUAACAGAAGAUCUGUGAAGGAGAUGGUGGUUUGCACCUGUUCCUGAAAUCAGAAACUGGAAGGUGGUUCCAUUUUUCACAAGUAUUUGCAUAAAUGUGUUAAUAUUUCGAGUAGUAAUGAUUCUAAAGCUGCAAGAAGGCAUUUUGCUAUACUGUGAUACAUAGCGAUUACUACUCUUAAACUGCUUUUUACCUUAAAAUAUUACGAUUUUAGGAUAAAUUGGAUAUCCUCCUCCAAGUAGUUUGUGUGUCUUGACAUUUAUUAAAGAGAAGGUGAGUGCAAGAUUAUAGAUUCAGAUAUAACAGGAGAAUAAUGGCAAGUUGCUUUGUUCUGUUUUGGGGGGAGUUCAUAUCUUUUUCACUUUGUGGUGGUAUUAAAUGAACAUAUACUCAAUAAAUGUCUGAUUUCUUCAAA